AUGGCCGAAGCUGUUGUUUCAGUAGUGCUCGAAGGGCUCAGCAAGCUUAUCAUUCAGGAAUUGAAAUCCUUGGUUGGAGUGGGUGGUGAGGUUCAGAGUGCACAAACCCAGGUACAAAUCAUGCAAGGCUACUUGAAAGAUGCAGACGCAAGACAGGGACGCAAUGAAGUAAUACGCAUUUGGGUGGCAAGUGUCAGAGAUGCCGCUUAUGAUCUUGACGAUAUCAUCGAAACUUUUGUCUUAAAAGUCGCUUCCAAGAGGAAAGCAAGUGUUUUGACAAGGUUUACUGGCCUUUUCAUAAGAGGAGUUAAUCUUCAUCAGAUUGGCUCAGACAUUGAGAAAAUUACAACCAAAAUUUCACUGUUGAGUUUGAUUAUGCCAAGUUUUAAACUAGAUCAAACAAGGGAGAGUGGAGGUGACACUUUUUUUCAGAGGCAACAGGAACGGAGGAUAGCUUAUCCUCAUAUUGUCGACCCUCAUGUGGUUGGGUUAGCCCCUGGAACAGAGACAUUGGCUAAGCUUUUGAUCGAGAAAGAAUGCCCCCGAGCUGUUUCUAUUUGGGGGAUGGGCGGGUUGGGUAAAACCACUCUUGCAAAGUUAAGCGUCAUUUCGAUUGUUUUGCUUGGACAAGAAAUUGCAAAACUGAAGAUUGAUCAAAUAGCAGAGAGGCUUUGGAAUACGCAAAGAGAAAGGAAAUGUUUGGUGGUGCUGGAUGACAUUUGGACCAGUGAUGCGUGGAGCUCUUUGCAAGCUGGAUUUCCAAUGAAUGAGGAAACUGGGAGCCGAAUUUUACUCACUACUCGCAACAAAGAAGUUGCUUCGUAUGCGGACAAAAAUGGUUUCCUCUUCGAACCACAGUCGUUGAAUGAUGAUGAAAGUGUUGAAAUUGGCUCAAAUUGCACCCACGUGUGUUGA